AUGAAGGCACCACCAGAAACAUGGUUGCCACCGGCCACCACCACCCCAACCACCGCUUCCCGGAAAAAGAUGUCUAAACAGGUGACGGGGAAACGAGAUGAUACCCCUUUGCAUACAGCUGCAAGGGCAGGGAACAUCAACGCAGUAAUGGAGAUUUUAGGUGAUUGUUAUGGUGAAGAAGAAUUGAUUUCAUUGCUUUCAAAGCAGAAUCACGCCGGUGAAACGGCUCUGUAUGUGGCGGCAGAAUACAGUUAUGUUGAUUUGGUUAGGCUCUUGAUCGAUCAAUAUGAUAUGGCAACAGCCAGCAUUAAAGCCAAUAAUGGAUUCGAUGCUCUUCAUAUUGCUGCUAAACAAGGAGAUUUAGAGACUUUAACGGUUUUAAUGGAGGCCCACCCAGAAUUAUCAAUGACGGUUGAUAUAUCAAACACCACAGCCUUGCACACGGCGGCAAUGCAAGGCAACAUUGAGGUGGUGAACUAUCUAUUGGAGAUAGAGAGUAGUUUGGCAUCGAUAGCAAGAAGUAAUGGGAAAACGGCUUUACAUUCGGCUUCAAGAAACGGGCAUGUUCUAGUGGUGAAGGCGCUUUUGGAGAAGGUACCUGGGAUAUCUUCAAGGAAUGAUAAGAAGGGACAAACCGCCCUUCACAUGGCGGCAAAAGGCCAAAAUCAUGAGGUGGUCGAGGAGUUGAUUAAGGCGGAUCAGUCGUUGAUAAAUAUGGUUGAUGCAAAGGGGAAUACAGCUUUGCAUAUUGCAACCCGUAAAGGCCGGGUUCAGAUUGUUAAGAUGCUACUAGCUCGUAAUGAAAUCAAUACAAGAGUCGUGAAUAGGUCGAACGAGACUGCAUUUGACACAGCCCAUAAAAUGGGUCAUCCCGACAUAGGAUGCAUCUUAGAAGAACACGGUGUCCCGAGUGCCCGUGUCCUAAAACCCUCAACAACUCCGGCCCAAGAGCUAAAACAAACUGUAAGCGACAUAAAACAUGAGGUCCACGAUCAACUCGAACACACUCUCCAAACUCGGCGAAGGGUCCAAGGCAUCGCGAAACACCUCAAUAAAAUGCACGCCGAGGGCCUUAACAACGCGAUAAACUCCACCACCGUGGUGGCCGUGUUAAUCGCCACGGUUGCAUUCGCCGCCAUCUUUACAGUCCCCGGACAAUAUGUUGAUGAUCCAAGCAAUAUACCCGAGGGUUUUUUGCUCGGUGAGGCGCAUAUUGCCCCACAACCUGCGUUUAUAAUCUUCUUUGUUUUCGACUCUGUGGCUCUAUUUAUCUCAUUAGCAGUUGUUGUGGUUCAAACCUCGGUGGUGGUUAUUGAAAGCAAAGCGAAGAAGCAAAUGAUGGCUGUUAUCAACAAGCUAAUGUGGUUGGCUUGUGUGCUUGUAUCGGUGGCGUUUUUGGCCCUUGCGUUUAUUGUGGUCGGGAAGCAUGAGAAAUGGCUAGCGAUUUGUGUGACCAUUAUAGGAACGUGUAUAAUGGUUACGACUUUGGGGUUGAUGUGUUAUUGGGUGAUUAUGCAUCGAAUCGAAACUUCAAAUAUGAAAAAUAUGAGAAGGAAAUCAAUGUCAGGUACCGAAAGUAGGUCGGGGUCGAGGUCUAGGACAUGGUCGAUUUCUGUACUUUCAGAUACGGAUCCUAUGAAUACCGAGUUCAAGAACAUGUAUGCAAUCUAAAAAAAAAUACAUUUUGAGCAAUAUCUUUUUGAUUCAAUUAGGC